UGGGACCGUCAUUCCGCCGCAAAAACCAAAACCAAAUAUAACAAAAUAAAGAGAAAACGUGUAGGAAAAACGUAGCAAAGCGAAGGCUGCGUUGGCGUGAGAUUUGAUUUCGAGAGACCGACAGCAACCGACCAACAACAAAAUAUUCAAAUUGUCGACCGUUUGGAUUCGUUUCGUGCGUUUCGUGUGUGUGUGUGGGUGUUCCGUUCAAGUCACAAAAAUAUUUGAUAUUCGCUUUAUGCUCCAAAAAUGAAUUUUAUGAGCAUUAAAACAAAGUUUAAAAUAUAUGAAAAUCAAGUGAAAGACAACAAACAUCAAACGAAAAGCAGCAAAAGUGCAAGAAAUUAAGUAAAAAAAAAAAAAAGAAAUAUAAGAAAUAAGAACGAAGAAAACAUUUGGAUUAAAAACGCAUUUUGGAUAACAUACAAAAAAAAAGAAGUAGCAGCAGCAGCAGAAAAAAAAGCAUAAGAAAAAACAAAGUGAAAAAUCUUGGAUUUAAAACAAAUACAAAAAUGGAUAGCACAACAGAAACCAAAAUGCAAGUGGCAGAUGCCACGCCCAUAAAGGCGGAGAAGGCGGAGACCAUCAUUGACAUUCCCACUGCCGUUACUGCCUGCCAAUCUUCAUCAUCGUCCUCGUCUGCGUCCUCCUCCUAUGACACGGACUGUAGCACGGCCAGCAGUACCUGCUGCACGCGACAGGGCGAACACAUCUACAUGCAACGCGAGGCAAUGACCAUGCCCAUGUCCUGCCCUGCUGCUGCCACACCGUUGGAUGCAUCUGGGGAUGAUAUGAGUCUGCUGAAGUACGAGCAUCGCAAGCACUGGCCCUGGUUUAUCCUCGUAAUCUCCAUCAUUGAGAUUGCAAUCUUUGCCUAUGAUCGCUAUACCAUGCCUGCCCAGAAUUUCGGUCUUCCCGUGCCGAUUCCCAGCGAUUCGGUGCUUGUGUAUCGACCCGAUCGUCGCCUCCAGGUGUGGCGCUUCUUCAGCUACAUGUUCCUGCAUGCGAAUUGGUUCCAUUUGGGUUUCAACAUCAUCAUUCAGCUGUUCUUUGGCAUUCCCCUGGAGGUGAUGCAUGGCACGGCGCGCAUUGGUGUCAUCUAUCUGGCCGGCGUCUUUGCGGGCUCCCUUGGAACGAGUGUCGUCGAUUCGGAGGUGUUUCUUGUGGGCGCCAGUGGUGGAGUCUACGCACUGUUGGCCGCCCAUUUGGCCAAUAUCACUCUGAACUAUGCGCACAUGAAGUCUGCGUCCACACAACUCGGUUCGGUGGUUAUUUUUGUUUCCUGCGAUUUGGGUUAUGCUCUCUACACGCAAUACUUUGAUGGCGGCGAUGCCACAUCCUCGGCAUCCGCGGCCUUCGCCAAGGGACCACAGGUCUCGUACAUUGCUCAUCUAACGGGCGCUCUGGCAGGGCUCACCAUUGGCUUUCUGGUGCUCAAGAAUUUUGGGCAUCGGGAGUACGAGCAGCUCAUCUGGUGGCUGGCCCUCGGCGUCUACUGUGCCUUCACCGUCUUUGCGAUUGUGUUCAAUCUGAUCAACACCGUUACCGCACAGCUGAUGGAGGAGCAGGGAGAGGUCAUUACACAGCAUCUGCUGCACGACUUGGGUGUGUCCUAAGCAGCAAAGGGACUGGAGUGUGGUUGGGUUGGAUCAUCAACAUCAUCAGCGGAUCCUUAGCAGAGAGACCUAUAGACACAAGCGAAGGUAGAGAGAAAGAAAAGAGAGUGCUCCAGAUUGAGAGAGAGAGAACAGAGAAAGAGAAAAAAAGUUCACUCAACGAUUUUUAGUUCAAAACUAAAUUCGAAAUUCGUUUGAAUUUUCAACCUUUUUUUCGGUUCGUUAUCGAUUUUCAAUUAUAGUUAAUCGUUAUCGAUAUACACUCUUUGUUAAUCGUUAUCGUUUUCUAGUUACCGUUAAAGGUCAACCCAUUGGCUUGUUUCAUUUUCCGCCUUUCAUUUUCACAUAUUAAAAACAAAACAAAAAAACUUCGAAAACAGAAAAAAUUAAUAACAAAAGAAAAAGAAAAACCGAAAGCCGAAAAACGUGUAAACAAAAUGUUGUGAUAGAACCAAAGACUGAAUUUAUUUUGCGUGUAAAAAUACAAAAACUAAAACAAAAGAAGAAAAUGGCAGAGAGAAAAAACCAACCAGGAAAACAAGAGGAAAAUCCCAGGCAGCGCCUCUCGCUCUAUAAAGCAAUUAUCAAAAUGGAAUGGAAAUGUUUUUUUCACUUAAUUUUAUUUUGUUUCUUCGCUUAAAUGGUUGUUCUAAAUUAUGUAUUUAUUGGCGCCCCCCACAUGCUAUAUAAUUCUACUGUAAUUUAGGAUUUUUCAAUGAAUGACAGCAACAAGAAGAAAAAAAUCACGAUUGCUGUAGAGAUCUAGAAAUGUAUAGAAAUCACCUAACAAAUUGUAAAUAAUAUUAAGUCCGCACACUAGUCAAAACAGAAGAUAGGAGAUAGAAAAUAAAUGAUAGAUAGAUACAAGAUAUAGUAGGGGGAAAUGAAAAUUCACUGAAAUGAAAAGAAAAAUAUUUAUUAUAAGUAAUCCCCCCCCCC